AUGGCAGAUAUAAUGGCCGCCAACAGUGGUGGAGUCGAAUGGUCGUCCGUGAUAAAACCGUUCUUGCGCGUCGACGCAUCGCCGACCGGCCGCAGUGAUGUGCUAGAAAUAUGUGCGGUGAUCUUGAAAAAUCAAGCCGAGAUCUUGCAGCAGAAGGAAGGCCACCAGGAGUUUUUCAACGCCUUUACCGUCCUAUCGGCGAAUUUGAUUGCGAGUAAUGCUACAAACGUUUCGCCGGCGCACCUGGAGGUCGUGAGCGGCGCAUGCGGCGUCCUGCUGAAGUACCUCGUCGGCUCGUUGAACACUUCGGCGUUCUUCGACCCGGACGGUACGCAUCCCCACGUCGAGCGUGCGCUGAAAGCAAUUCGCUCGCUGUGCAGUGGUAUUAAUACUUUCACCUCGGCGGAGAUUGAUACUCUCACCGACAUCAUGAAGGGCGAAACGCCACCACAAACUAAUCCAGCUUCAACAGAAAAAGAGUCCAGUAACAAACAAGAUGUCAAAACACGCACUGAUUUAUCAGCGAACAUCUUCGCGCAGCUCACAAUGCCGAUCCGAGAUGGUGACACUCUACAAGAUUCUCCAGCGCAAGUAUCUGGAGAAUCAACAAACAGUGAUCCAGCGAUGGAAAUCAAUCGAUUAUUCAUCAAAGCAAAUCGCGAAAGCUUGCAAUCAAUGCGCGCUGGUGAUACCCUCGUGGAUCUUUGCCUCAGCCUGCCAUCAAUCAAGAAAACACGGGCUAAAAUCGAAGACGCGCUUGCGAACAAACCCUUCGCGUUGCCCACGAACCACUCGGAGGCAACCACGGUUCGCAACAGUCUCGCAUCGACAGUCGCCGAGAUAACAUUAGUCUCCUCAGCGAUUAAUCUACCUGUCCUCGAACCGCUCACACCUACAAAACUAGAAAAACUCUGCAAUCUCAGCAUGUCUGUGCUGUACAUCGCAGUGAAUCAAGCAGCAGCCAGUUCUAUUCUAUCCAUGGGCUCAGCGGUAUCACCAAAAUGCACCACGGUGCAAUCACAGACCAGCCACAAAGAGGAUGACUUGGAUACAAACGCAGUUACACUUGUAGAAGAAGCGCUCAAUCUCUACAGCUACAUUGGUAAUGCAAUCAAGACUUCCACAAGAGCCGGAGGUCAUGUACAUCAGAAUUAUUUACUAGCUGGUGCAUGGGUGUUGAUUUCUGGUCUUCAAAGUCACGUCACAGCGUGUACGACAACCAGCGAAAAACCACAUCUACGAGAUGACAAAGGACGCAGUCCUAGUAAAUCACGCGAAGCACAGAGCUCAGCUCGUUCGGGUUUGGUAAAAUUCCAACAUUCAUUUGGUGUGUUGUCUGUUGCGUUAGCAACACGCGCUUUAUUACUAUUGUCAGAAUUAUUCGACGAUUUAAACCUGGAGGUUUGCGGUGGGAAUACCACCAUUCCCCAGAUUGACCCCGCGCCUAUUUCAAUCGCCGGGCAAUACACAGCUUCGCAGCGUGUAGCGAAAAUUCUAAACACUGCACCGCUCAAUCAGUUGUUCUUUUAUCUCGCGCUGGUGAGUUAUAGAAAAGCGUGCACUCUGAAGCGUCAUACACCCGAAGGCGAUACGUUCAGCCUGAGCGAUUCCACGACUUAUUACUAUGAAGAUAUGAUACUCUGUUCGGAUGUGAGUUCGACAGAUGAAGAUGAUGAUAGUGAACCGUUGUUGGGGCAAUGGUUUGAGGAAACACUCGCACCGCCUGAGCCCAGCGAGAAUAAAACCUCGCCGACGGAUAAUCCCGAUGUGAAGACGAUUCAGGGUGAUAGAGGUAAUUCGAUUGUGCCGGAGAAAGGCGAGGCGCAUGGGUUUAUCACGCUGGCGACGAGUAUAUUUGCGUUUAUGAAUAAGCACUUUUUGCUCUCGAAGAGCGCCUAUGUGUCGCGGUAUAUAAAAAGCGGGAUUACAGAUCAACAGAUUGUGAUACUCGCGGUUAUUAUACGGGAUUUGGAUAGGGAGACAGCCCGGACUGAAGUUGCCCUGGGACAACUCUAUAGUGACUUUUCGGGUGCCCUGACACGUUAUACACACAACCUGGUCACCCACCCUAGCCUCCAACCGCUGCAAGCUAGUCUUCUGAAUAAUCUGGGUGUCUCACCUUGGAAUUCCGAUGUGCCGCAUGGAUGGCCCCUGCAGGUUUACGCCAGAACCUUAUCAGUUCUCGCACAGGUUUUAUUAAUGCGUCCGCAGACUGAGAAAGAAGCGUCGGUGAUUAGCAUCUGGCACCGGUUGGUCAAUACACUCAUUGAGAACGUGAUCAAUGUCCCGGCGGUGGUUGAAGGUGACAAUGAAGACCUCAACGUGGAGCACGCACAGGUUCUGGUAUAUCUUUUUCAUUCGUUGAACUUGAUGCAGAAGAAAUCGGUGGUUCUCUUGCUGGCUGGUGGUUUGUUGAGGUGUUCGGAGGUUGUUCGAGGUACCCUGCGUGAUUCACAGUUGUUGCAUCUGUCACGACUGCUGCUUUUGUUUGAUUACAUCAUGAAACAUCUCUAUGAUGCACCACAACAAUUAUUAGAGCAGAUUUUGUUCAAUUUGUUUUAUUCGACGAAUUUGAAUACGGAUAAAGAGAGCAAGGAAAAUAAUAUGUCAAGGAUGUAUACGCCAUGGCAAUGGGCGGAUACUUGUCCCAAAAUCAGCCGGGAAGAGUUUACCAUGAAGCCGACGUUUUAUGUUUUGUCCAAUUUCGAGAUAAACAACCAAGAUGCGCCGAAAUUGGAUGGUUUAGCUUGUAAUUUCAUCCUGGGUACACCUGAUAAACUACGGUAUCCUUUGUUGCUCGAUGCGUUGAUUGAAAUUCUGACUGUGACGAAUAUUACUUCUGGUGGGAACGCUUCGAAGAUGACAAGGCUUGGUUUAUUUGCGACACAGUAUUGUUUUUCAAUUUGCUGGAAAUUGUUGCAAUUGCUACCGCCAUCUACGCCAUAUUUGGAGAGAUUACAACGCGGUGAGGUUCUACCAGCAGGACCUUUAUUACUGCACGCGUUAAUUUGGGGACCAAGAUGUGGGCAUAAGAAUUUCACCAGGUGGCUCAAAGACUGUCUGGUUAAACAAGGCCUUUAUACGCAAAACACCGAAAGGUUAGUGAAAUCUGUAUCCGAUGUGGUGAAUACACUGAAGUAUGAUAUUGCUACGGCGAAGAAUUGUGUGAUUGCGCUUACGCCCGAUAUUAAAAAGGGUGCUAUGACGAAAGAAUCCCUUCCACCAUUGUGGCAUUUGUAUUUACUGCAUGCUGUGAUUGCAAAAGUGCAAGUUUCGUUACUGGACGAAGCGGAAACUAAUACGGCGGAUGCUAAUGGCGCGACUGUGUCAGGCGCGGCGUAUGUUCAAGAAUUACUACCGCAUGUCCUGCGACUUGCGCAAGCUAUUUUGCAUUGUACAAGAUGGUCGCUGUUGCAUAGCAUGGUGGAGCAGAGUGAACCAGCUGGGAAAUACACCGUGCAAGAUUUCGAAGGUUUGCAAGAGGUUUUGGCGAUUGCUACGAGCAAAUCAAAACUUACCACUGGUUUAGUACCGGAUCAAGCUACGCUUUUGCCUGCGGCGGUUAAUAAUGUCAUACAACAGUGGCACACUGCUAGUUUGGAGGAGUGUACAUGGACACCGCAUUUGGGUGAUAUCAUUGUUUCGGAGUCUUUUAUCCUGAAGAUUAUUGACACACAUAUUCAGACAUUAUCAUCGUCCAGUUAUAGUUUUUCGAUAAACUUGUCUCUGAAAUGUCUUCUACAGAGGCUCAUGAAAUUCGUUUGCAAUCACGCGCCGCAAAUAGAAAACACCGAUACGAAAAAUAAAGUAAUUGAGUUAUUGGUUUCUACCACACUGGAUGUACGCACUGAGUUUCUACAGGAGUCAGUGUCAAAGGUUUUGGAGAAGAUGAUUGGUGAUGCUGAGACUGACGAACAUCAAAAGCGCGUGUAUCUACAGAUUUUGGAUAAUACCUAUAAACUUAUAACGAAUUACACGAAUAAUUUGAAUGGGAAUGUCAACGAAAAGAUUCUGCAUAAUUUCCUCAAGUUCUACGAGAGACUGAUUGAGAAAUCUGCAGGUCGUCAAGCUUUGGAAGCGUUUUUCACCGGCGAGAAAGAUUUAGUCAAGGUGUUGAUGUCCGUGAGUAAUCCGCAGAUGUCGCAGCAGUAUAGCACGAAAGUGUUGCAUUUCUUCAACAAACUCUUCAACUGCGCCGAGAAGAGUUCCACCGAUCCUAGUCUGAAUUAUUUGUGCAGUAGUAUGAGUAAACUGGCGAAUGUAGAAGGGGAAAAGUUGCAGACUUGGUUGAGGCAUGUGAUAAUUGGACCAACGGCUGUACCUACUAGUCCUGAAUCAACCGACAUGGUGUUAUCAGGACAAUGGCAGGCAAGCGGAGAGACGGCGUCACCCAAUGAAGAAGUUAAGAAUUUAGUUCAAGAAAAUAGUCAGCUAUUGCAAGCGUUAACCAACUUUAUUGUCAAACCCACUAGUAAUGUAUCUGAAGAUGUGGCGGGUACCAUUCUCAAGGCCCUGCUGCGUUUGGGGACUCAUAUUUUAUCAGCACCUUUGGAUGGUAGCGGAUUUACUGAUCUAAUGGUUGUAAUGACUAUGUUGGCUGAUGCUGGUACCGGCAGUGGGCAUAUCUUUUUGUUUACUGUCAUAUCCGAGUUGUGGUUGGAUGAUUGUAGAAGGUACCUUAACAAACCGGAAAUCAUUGAAAAACUGUGCAAUGUUCCCGAGGCGGAUAAAAACUGUAUUAUCCUAGAUGCGGCUUGUUGCAUGCUGGAUUACAUGAGUGAUGUGAUUAAUGGUAUCCUCAGUCAUCAAAAGGUGCCACUUCAACGUCCGCUUAGCCCCGCAUGGGAAAACGAAACACCAUUGGAUCAAGACCCUGAAAUGUUAGAGGAGAUUAAUGAUGAAGAAGAUAGUGGCGAGGAGUCUGAUGAAGAUUCACUAUGUAACAAACUGUGUACUUUUACGAUCACACAGAAAGAGUUUAUGAACCAACAUUGGUACCAUUGUCACACCUGCAAGAUGUUAGAUGGUGUUGGUGUUUGUUCAAUAUGCGCAAGAGUCUGCCAUAAGGGACAUGAUGUGACCUAUGCGAAAUAUGGUAACUUUUUCUGUGAUUGCGGAGCUAAAGAAGACGGCUCUUGUCAGGCGUUGGUAAAACGCAGCCCGCAAUCAUUAGAGACCAACGCGAUUAAUGCGGUUGCAAAUACAAGUCUUGGAUAUAUCGCUGGAGAGGAAAGUCUUACUAGUUCCAUGCGUAAAAAAGAAGCUUUGCUUACAAAGGAAAGACCAGAUAUCUACAUUAAACGUGAACGGAAAAAGAAUACCAUCGUGAAGAGAUUAGAAGGAUCCCAGGAACUUAUCCUGAAGUAUUUAGGAAAGACUACUGUUCCGGGGAUUUUAUUAGACAUGCUGCAGAAUAUCCUACCAGCAAUUGAAAUGUCCUGUAAGAGAAACUCAUCUGUUGGGUGUUAUUCCCGCGCGAUGAAAGCCCUGCAGAAUCUACACAGCCCCGAUAAAAAGUUCCAGACAACUGAUCAAUUGAUGGUACCCACGUUGGGGUCACAAGAAGGCGCGUUUGAGAAUGUCCGCAUGAGUUAUGCGGGUGAGCAAGGUCAAACUAUCAGACAAUUACUAUCCGCGCAUAUGAUUCGACGUGUUACCAUGUGUUGUAUGUCAUCCCCACAUGGUAAACGCCAACAAUUGGCUGUGGCACAUGAAAAAGGAAAGAUAUCCGUGCUGCAGUUAUCCGCGCUGUUGAAACAAGCGGAUUCUUCUACGAGGAAAUUAACCCUGACAAGAUUGGCCUCUGCGCCUAUACCCUUCACAGUAUUAUCCCUCACUAGUAAUUUGUGCAAUGAAGAUUACCUGGCGGUUUGUGGUCUUAAGGAUUGUCACGUUUUGACCUUUAAUUCAAGCGGGGCUGUGAUGGAUCACCUUGUGUUGCAUCCUCAAUUAGCUUCGGGGAAUUUUAUCAUUAAGGCAAUAUGGCUGCCGGGGUCUCAGACUAAAUUAGCGUUGAUUACGCCUGAUUUUGUUAAGAUCUAUGACCUGGCCAAGGAUGCACUUAGUCCACAGUACUAUUUCCUGGUACCCAGUGGUAAAAUAAGAGAUUGUACAUUUAUGUACGAUGAUGGCAAGUAUAAUAUUCUCCUGAUGUCGUCUCCAGGACAUAUAUACACAGAAGCUCUAAAUGAGGAAAGUUCUGCGAAACAUGGCAGCUUUUACGUUACCAAUACCCUAGAGGUGUUCCAUCUGGAUGUCACGGAUGUAAAUGGACAAGUUGCUGGUGGUGGAGUGUCCAUUUACUACUCUCACACUUUAGGCUUGCUGUUUUAUUCAUACGCGCAAGGGAAGAGUUUUGUUUCCCCCGUUACACCCAAUAAUAAUUGCCUGGCUGUGGUGUUCCCGGUAACACUCACAUCGUCAUCGAAGAGUAAUGGCGGGAAAUCACCCGCCCCACAACCUCUGUGUCAAUGGACAGAGAUACCUAACCAUCCCGGAUUGAUUUGUGCUGUGAUGCAGUCCAGUAACAACCCGGUUGUGCUUAUGCUAAGACCUGACACGCUUUCUAUCCAGGAAGUCAAAGUUACUCCGAGUAAAUCUAAGAUUAUGGACAUGGUUGCCAUCAGGCAUCAUUCUGGACAAGAACAACGCACCACACUGAUUUUACUUUGUGAAGAUGGUAGUCUGAAGAUCUACAUGGCUAAUAUGGACCAGACUGGGUAUUGGAUGUCACCCAGUGUGCAAACAUCUGUAAAUGUUACAACUGUAGUCAAGCCAAGGAAGAAGAAGGUUGUAAAAACUGGUAAAACACCAAGUUCUGUUACGUUCCCAGUGGAUUUCUUUGAACAUUGUAAUCCUAUGAACGAUGUGGAGAUUGGCGGUAAUGACUUGCUGCAGAUUUACAAUGUAGGACAGUUGAAACAUAGACUGAACACGAAUGGUUUGUUUGUGGUUUGUACCAAAGCUCUCGGGUUUUCCGUGGAGAUUACAAACCCAGAUAAUAAUCAAGUUAUGACUGGGAUACGUGUGCUGAUGGGUACCCAGGACCCACAAAGGUCACCAACGUUUAUUGAAAUCUUCGGACGGAUUAUUACAACGACCACAACACGGAGUAGAUGGUUUGAUAUACCAUUUUCAAGGGAGGAGAGUCUACAGGCUGAUAAAAAGAUAACCAUUAUGUUUGGACCUUCGCAGGACCCUGAAACGGUUACUGUUUUGGAGAGUUUGAAAAUUUACGGGAAACCUAAGGAUGCUUUCGGAUGGCCUGAAGAACACGAUGACAGUUUAGCUCCGAGUGGACCUAGUGUUGCCAGUAACAACGCCGCGACAUCAGGGGAUAAUCCCGAAGGAGGAAGUGCUUCUAAUUGUGUACCCAACACAAAACUUGAUAAAUUUGUCGGAGGUUGUCUGGAUGUCCUUGAUGGUAGUUUCUGUUUGAAUACCAGCGAUGAAAAAAUGACAGCGCAUAAAUCCGCGUCGAAUACUGUUGCGACACAGUUGCUUACCAUGCCUACACCACCAGUGCUUCAAAUGCACGCGACAUCUUUACUUUCUUCGUUAUACUCCUCCACGGCAGCUUAUCAUAUGUACAAGGACCAUGAACUCCUGCAACAUGUCCUGGCUAGUCUCAAAACAAUGAAUGAGAUUGAUAUUACCAAGAAUAAGAAUGACCUCGAUGCGGAGAGUUAUUAUCGUUUGGUGAUGAUUGUCCGCGGGAUUGCUGUUAGUCGUCCACAGAAUUUGGUCAAGUUUACCGACUCCCACACUUCAAUACAAGAUGUUAUCUUGGAUGAUCCCUUGGAUGUACAAACACCUAAGUCUAAUAAGAAUCAGCAUUUAUUACUGCAGUUGAUGGAUGUUUUGUGGGUGUUACACUCGUUGAAUCCGGAAAAUUCAAAUCUGGCGCCAGUGGUGGUUCCUGGGUUGAAGCAUACCGAACAGGUGGUGUAUGCGUUGGUUGAGAUUGUCCACGCGUUUAAUAGUUGCGACACUUAUAGCAAUAUUACAAUUGCAGUGUAUCUGCAGUUGUUGCUGUGUGAUGAUCCUGUGAUUGCAUUUAGUGCCAAGCACGCGUUGAGCAGAGUGUUGAAACCUAAGAGUAAACGCCGGAGGGUGUUUAUUCCUAGUCCACCAAACUGUGUAACACCACCAGCUACAAAGUCUGAAGAAGAAAAACUACCGACUACUUCAAAUCAAGAGCAACGGCAAGCCUUGGAAGCUAUUCAGAUGCUGCAAAGACAACAACAACAAGCGCAAGGUCAAGCUGAAGGUGAGAAUCAUAAUGUUAACCCAUUGGAAGCGUUCCUGGGUGGAGGAGGUUUUCAACCUUUGUUGGAUAUGACCCUGGAUGCGGAUGAUGAUGACACCAUGGUUGAAUUGGCCAUAGCGUUGAGUUUACAAGAACAUGAAUUGGGUGAUGAGCAAGCCCAACAGCAAGCUUUGCAUACUCUUCAGGCCCUCGAAGCGCCUUUAGAACAAGUUGUGCAGGAGGUUCAACAUGCUCAGGAAGCUGGGCAUUUUAGUGAUACUACUGCUUCCGCUGGUGGGUCAGAUGAUGAAGGUAGUACUGCUGCUACAGAUGGUUCUACACUAAGGACAUCUCCCGCUGAACAAGGUGGUAGUGGUGCUGGGUCGGAAAGUGGUGGUAGUGGCGUGGAGAGUAUUACUGGUGAACAAAACGUUUCUGGACGCAGUUCUACGUAUGGUGAUAAUGCCCAGGAAAGUGCAGCUAAUAAACCAGAGGCUACCACGUCACAUGCCGGUGCUCAGCAAGAACAAGAACCUGAAGUUGACACAGAACACGAACAAGAGUCAGAGAAUAGCAGCAGGUUACAUAUUCUACGUCUGCAAUUGUUGGAACGACUGGUAGAAUACCUGCCUAAACUUAGAAAUGUUACUGGAGUUAGGGCGAUACCUUUCUUCCAAGUCAUUCUACAACUCACAAAUGACCUCGAUGGACAUCUAGAAAGAGAUAAGGCGUGUCUCAAUGCUCUGCUGCAUGCGAUCGUAGUAGAAUUACAGAUUACUAAACCCAAUUUGGAGAAUAUUUGCGAAAGGAAUAAUCAGCGAGAAGUACAACUAGUCAUUAUGCGAUUGUUGAGUGUCCUCAUGACAAAAUGGAAAGCUUCAUCAAAUAGUAAACCGGUUCCAGGGGAUAAUAGUUCCUUUGUUGCUUCAACAUCAGCUACGGUUCUCUUAAAGGCGGACUUUAUUACUUACUGCCUCAAAUUAUUACAAUCUUUGUUGGAUUAUUGGAAGGAAACUAAAGCAGAUGACGCUAGUAGUUCUAUAACUGGUAAUCUCCUCAAGGUGCAGCAACAUCAUUCUCCACCUGAUAUGUCUCCGAUAUUCUUAAAACAAUUUGUUAAAGGACAUGCUUCAGAUAUAUUCUACAUCUAUCCACAAUUACUUACCGAAAUGGCGUUGCGUCUUCCCUAUCAAGUACACAAACAUUCUGAAAUUGUGGAACCUAUCAGCGCUGCGUUUGAAACCGCAUGGUUUAAAUAUCUCUGUGAAUAUAUGAUGUUUACUCAGGUGACAUCGAUUCGGAGACUUGUACGUAAAUUAUUGCUGUUUAUUUGUGGCAGUAAGGACAAGUACAGACAGUUGAGGGAUAUUCACGCUUUGAAUGCACAUAUGAAGGCUGUAAAGCAAUGCUGCAUAAAGGGCGGUUUUGAUGCCAGUUUGUCCUAUCAGCAUGCCAUGUCACUCCCGUACGAUACUCUGGUUGAAAUGGUGGAACACUUAAAAGCGUGUCUCGAAAUCGCUACUAGUCGUGUUGGAAAUUGGCAGAAAUUCUGUAUUUGUCACAAUGAUGUCCUGCCAUCGUUGUACCAAGUCAGCUGCAUACUAGAUGAAGGCGUGGCUCCGACCAUUCUCCAACUGUUGAACUGCGCCAUUGUGAUGCAGAACACUACCAAGAAGCAAGAGACAUCUUCAAAGUCGACUGCGAGGAAAGAGCGCGAGAAAUCUGAUGAUUCUGUGGCUGAAGCGGCUUUCGAGGAAGCUUCAUGCAUUGCAUUGGUCGAACAGAUUAAUCAACAUGUUCCUGCCGAGGUACUUGCACGUUUUAUUCGUACAUUUAUUCUGGAGACCAACAACAGUACUCUGCGUUGGCAAGCGCACAGUUUGGUCUUUUCUUUGUAUAAAAACUCCAAAUUGAAGCAGAAGAAAUCACUUCUGGAGUUAUUAUGGCAACUGUGGCCUCUUCUACCGACUUAUGGCCGCAAAGCAGCGCAGUUUGUUGAUUUGCUGGGGUAUGUCUCGCUGAAAAUGAGCCAGAAUCCGGAUUCUUCUGUUAAGAUUUCCGCGUAUGUUGAUAAAGCGGUGGAUGUCCUGCGUACACAAAACGAAUUGUUAUCGCAUCAUCCAAAUGCUAAUCUGUAUGCUCACAUGAGUCAAUAUGUCGAACUGGAUGGGUACUACCUCGAGUCAGAUCCUUGUUUGGUAUGUAACAAUCCCGAGGUACCCAUGUCUACGAUCAAGUUGAGUUCAAUCAAAGUCGAUUCAAAGUUUACCACAACAACGCAGAUUGUAAAGUUAUUAAGCUCACAUACCAUCAGUCGGAUUACAAUCAGAAUCGGGGAUUUAAAACGGACCAAAAUGGUCCGGACUGUUUACAUCUACUACACAAAUCGAAGUGUACAGGCAGUGGUUGAACUGAAAAACAAAUCAGCGUUGUGGCAUCGCGCUAAGAAAGUGAGUCUGCAGUCGGGACAAACUGAGGUGAAGAUUGAAUUCCCUCUGCCGAUUGUCGCGUGCAAUUUGAUGAUUCAUUACGCUGACUUUUAUGAGAAUAUCCAAGCGUCUAGUGAGACCCUACAAUGUCCCCGAUGUAGUGCAGCUGUACCGGCGAAUCCAGGCGUGUGUUCAAACUGUGGUGAGAACGUUUUUCAAUGUCAUAAAUGCCGCGCCAUUAACUACGAUGAAAAAGAUCCCUUCUUGUGUCACGCGUGCGGUUUUUGCAAGUAUGCAAAGUUUGAUUUCACACUGCAGGCGAAGCCUUGCUGUGCGGUGGAACCUAUAGAAAACGAUGAAGAUCGAAAAAAGAUGGUGUCGAGUAUUAACACACUUCUAGAGAAAGCGGAUAGAGUGUACAAACAACUGAUGGGAAAUAAACCUUCAUUGGAGUUGUUGGUUGUGAAGGUGACUGAACAAAAGUCUGAGAAGAGAACUGAGGAACCAACGGUGGUACCUGUGACGGCUGCGUCGGUUGUAGCAGGUGCGAUACCCACAUCAUCGCAGGUUAAAGUCAACAAAACUAUACAGAUGAUUGCGCAGCAGUAUUGCAACGAAUGUAAGACUUCCUUUGAAGAAUUGAGUAAGAUUAUUCAGAAAGUAUUGGUCUCUCGAAAGGAACUGGUUGCGUAUGAUAGAAAACAUAGAGAUUCUGAGAUGUCACCAACUUUGGGUACUUCCCAAGUGUUGGAGUUACCAGCGAAUGCAUCAUGUGCCAUCACACGUUGUUACGGCUGUGCAACAGCUGCCACCGAACAUUGUUUGACUUUAUUGCGAGCUCUGGCGAUUAAUACCACGCUCAGACAAGUGUUGUGCACCAAGGGUUUAAUUCAGGAACUCUUGGCUAACAAUUUACGUAAGGGUAGCGUACAGAUACAAGAAGAAGUAAGACAAUUACUGUGUAUUCUCAGUAAAGAGAAUUCCGAGGCCACUGAAGAGCUCUGUAAUUUAAUAACGGAAAGAGUCACUUUGGGUCUAAGUGGUCAGACUGGUAAUUUGGGUGUGAGGCAUGAAAUUGCUCUCUUGGCGUCACUCCAACAGAUCCACGAUGAUUGUUGGGAGACUCGUUUGCGGUCAUUAGUCAGCAUCUUCUUGAAAGCAUGCGAAGACGCUAAGAGUCCCAUGGUCAUCGAGGCUAUCAUCUUACCAUGUCUGCAGAUAUGGCAUAGCAUCUGUAAACCUAAAACAGCCGAUUCUUUCAACACUACUCUGGCUAAGAAGUUAAAAGAUAAAAUCAACAAUAAACAGACUACUGUUGUUCGUAGUGAGUAUGAAACUAUCCCGAUUGAUGCAUACAAAUGGGUGAACAAGGACCCACAGGUGUCUUAUGCUGCCUGGAGAGCCAAACAACCAACCAAAAAAGAAAACACUCCGUUACCCACCAAUAAAGAAGAUGUCAGGAAGUUAUAUCUUAGUGAAAAGUAUGGAAACCGAUGGAGGCGGAGAGUGUUAAAACUUUCCGAUCCGGAAGACAUGGACCUUUGCGAUGAUUCAUGGGUGAAGACUGUUCUGUUUAACCCGUCAUCUCGCAGCGCCCGACAAAUCACCUGCUUUAUUCUAGAACACUGCUGCAGUAAUUACACCCGAAAGAAACAAGUUAUCAAUAUGUUGAUUAAAUACUUGCAUGAACUAAGUGUAGCUGGUGAGAAUGCCGCGGAGUAUAUAGAUUUGUUCUCCAACUUUUUGGUGCAAGACGCAUGGACGCAAUAUUUGGCGAUUAAUGGCGUCAUGUUGACCAUCGCGGAUCUCAUCACGAAAGAAAUCGAACAACUGCAUCGCCUGGAAGAGACUACAUUAACAUCAGAUCUUACCCAAGGUUACGCUUUGAAUCAACUCACGGAGAUAUUGAUUGCGUUCUUUGAUGAUGCAGCUAUUCGGAGACAAUAUAAAAGUCGUCUGGUUGGCGCUGUAUUAAAUGGUUAUUUAUCUCUGAGAAGAUUGGUUGUACAGCGAACUAGAUUAAUCGAUGAUUCACAAGAGAGGCUGCUGGAUAUUCUUGAAGAUAUCACAACAGGUACAGAUGAAGAAACGCGGGCUUUUAUGUGUGUCUGCAUGGAGACUGUGGAGAAAUGCGCAUUGAGGGAUGUUUUAACUCCAGUAUUCAUAUUUGAGAGAUUAUGUUCUAUUAUUUACCCCGAGGAGAAUGACAUUGGGGAAUUUUUCUUGACUUUGGAAAAAGAUGCACAACAGGAGGACUUUUUACAAGGUAGAAUGUUGGGUAAUCCGUAUUCGUGCAAUGAGGCUGGCUUGGGACCACUUAUGCGCGAUGUGAAGAACAAGAUUUGCCAGGAUUGUGAAUUGGUUGCGCUGCUUGAGGAUGACAACGGAAUGGAACUGCUUGUAAACAACAAGAUUAUGAGUUUAGACUUGCCUGUGAAGGAUGUGUAUAAAAAAGUCUGGCUAGCUGAAGGUGGUGAGGUGGAAUCAAUGCGGGUGAUUUAUAGAAUGCGUGGGUUACUCGGCGAUGCAACUGAAGAGUUUGUUGAGACACUGAAUAAUAAAUCACAAGCUGCGGUUGAUAACGAAGAAGUUUAUAAAAUGGCGAAUGUACUGGCUGAGUGCGGUGGGUUGAAGAUUAUGGUCAAGAGACUUGGAGCUAUUCAAAAUGUAUGGAGGGCGAAGAGUUUACUGCAGGUUUUAUUGAAGUUGUUUAGACUGAGUGUAAAAGUAGUCAAGGUGCAGGAGAUUCUCACGCAACCGGAAGUGGGCGCCAUGAGUGUCUUCCUUCGUACUCUACAGUUGUGUUUGGAGGGUGAACCCGAUGCUAGUCAGGCGGCUGUUACCGAACAACUCCUCGACAUUAUGGAGACUAUCCUCGCGCGUGCAACCAGCAAAACCUUGGAGUCUUUCAAUGAGUUUGCACAGACUUUCGGAGGACCUGAAUAUGUCCAGAGUUUGCUCAGCUGCACGAAUCAUUCGAGUGUGAGGAACAAUCAAGCUGUACUCAUGCAUCUAACACGCGUGCUUGCUGCGUUGGUGUAUGGCUGUGAGGAUAAGAUGGACUUGCUCCUGAAUCACUUCAAACCAAUUCUGAAUUUCAACAAGUAUGAUGUUGAACAUACGACGGAUGACCAACAGAAGUUGGAGAUGUUUUGUGUGUUGACUGAGGGAAUAGAGAAGAAUGCGAUUGGGAAUACUCUGAAAGAUUACAUCAAUGAACUUGGAGUGGUUGAGGAUGCCCUGGAGUAUAUUACCAUGCAUGCCCCAUGUGUGAAACCCACUCUACUAAGGACUGAUAGCGAUGAGUUGAAGGAAUUCAUCUCUAAACCCGCACUGAAGUAUAUUCUACGGUUUCUCACUGGAAUGGCGCAUUCCCAUGAGAAUACACAGGUUGCAGUGUCGCAGGAAGAUACCAUACCGAUUAUUCAUCGUUUGGAACAGGUUUCUAGCGAUGAACAUGUUGGAUCUCUCGCGGAGAAUCUUCUGGAAGCUUUAAGGACCAACCCCCAGGUUGCUACAAAGAUUGAAGAGGUGAGGGACUUUACCAGGUCAGAGAAGAAACGUCUUGCUAUGGCUAUGAGAGAGAAACAACUUGGGCAGCUUGGUAUGCGUACUAACGACAAGGGUCAAGUAACAGCAAAAUCAACAAUCUUACAACAGAUGGAAGAACUGGGUGAGGAGACUGGGUUGGUUUGUUGUAUAUGUCGUGAAGGGUACAAGUAUCAACCAACGAAGGUCCUGGCAAUCUAUACGUUUACUAAAAGAUGUAAUGUUGAAGAAUUUGAAGCCAAACCCCGAAAAACGAUUGGGUAUAAUACUGUAACACAUUUUAACAUUGUCCACGUUGAUUGUCACAUGAGUGCGGUGAGAUUAGCGCGAGCUAGGGACGAAUGGGAGUCUGCUGCGUUACAGAAUGCGAAUACCAAGUGUAAUGGUCUGUUACCACUUUGGGGACCGCAUGUGCCAGAAUCUGCGUUUGCUAGUUGCCUCGCCAGACACAACACCUACCUGCAGGAGAGUACUAAUCUGAGGGAUAUUGGUCAUGCCAGUACUGUGCAUGAUCUCAAACUCUUGUUGAUGAGGUUUGCGCAUGAGAAGAGUUUCCAUGAGGAUACGGGUGGUGGUGGCCCGCAGAGCAACAUGCACAUGGUGCCGUAUUUGAUUCAUAUGGCUCUGUAUGUCAUUAACACAACUCGUGUGAGUAAGAAGGAAGAAGGCAACCUCAGCACCUAUUUGGAACAGUCCACCAUCGAAAAAUGGAUAGAAUCAUCUUAUGACUCGGAUGGACCGUUGUAUUGGACCACAAUGUCCGUGUUGUUGCACUCGACGGCUAAGUGGAAUGGUAAUCGACUGUCGCAUUUGCAUAGACUCUUGGUUGCGGCGCACGUACGCAGCGCGCAUCCUUCUGGUCCAGUGAAGAACAUCGCCGAUAAGAACGCUAAGGAUUACGGCGUUUACAAACCUUAUCUGGUGUUGUUUGGCAUUGUUGAUGGUAUUUAUAGGUACUUCUUUAAGUAUGUGUCGGGACCGGAUGAUCAGUGGUCUAGCAACCUGGCGGAUUAUAUCCGGCAUAACGAUGAAGUGCUCCUCAAAGGCUCGGAACGUCUGUUGGGUUAUUAUGUGGACGAGCUGCUUCCGUGCGCAUCUUUUGCUGAGUUUUGUGAUGUUUGUGGUCUUUUGGAGCUGAUCGACGAUCCCGAUAGUUACAUUUGCAAUCUUUUAAAAGGUACAUAAAUUUACGCGUUGUAGUCUCAUUGAACAUAUUAAUUAAGAAUUAAAUAUGCUGUACAAUAAAAGUAUUUAAAAUUGA